AUGGCGACCCGAGGACCCCCUGGCUCCCGUGGCCUUAGCAACCGUUUCGCCCAGUUCAAGCUGGUGCUGCUAGGAUGGAGGUUUGGAUGCUUACGUUUUGGUGGUGUAGGUGAAUCGGCCGUGGGAAAGAGCUCGAUUGUACUGCGUUUCGUCAAGGAUCAAUUCGACUCAUACCGGGAAUCGACUAUCGGCGCGGCUUUCCUUACACAGACCAUCUCGCUCGACGAAAACACAACAGUCAAGUUUGAGAUUUGGGACACAGCGGGCCAGGAGCGGUACAAGUCGCUCGCGCCCAUGUACUACCGGAAUGCCAACUGCGCCGUUGUUGUCUACGACAUUACGCAAGCGACAUCACUGGACAAGGCCAAAUCCUGGGUCAAGGAGCUGCAGCGGCAAGCCAACGAGAACAUCAUCAUCGCGCUGGCAGGCAACAAGUUGGAUUUGGUGACGGAGCAGCCAGACAAGCGGGCGAUCGAGACGGCUGAUGCCGAGGCCUACGCCAAAGAGGCCGGCCUGCUCUUCUUCGAAACCUCGGCCAAGACGGCCGAGAACGUCCAGGAACUGUUUACCGCCAUCGCUAAGAAGCUGCCGCUCGACCAGGUCGGACCCCGGCAUGCCCGGCCGGGCCAGCGGCCCGGCGUCAGCCUCGCGCCCGAGGGCCAGAACACACAAGCUAGUGGGCCCAAACCCGAUGAGGUCAAGAUCCCGGCCUCCGAAACCCUGACGGCCCCUUCGACGCCCCCGCCCGCUCCCUCGUCCGCUAGAGACGCCGCCUCGUCGGCCAUCCCCCCCUCGCAGGCCCCCCUCACCCCGCCUACUCCCGGCCCCAGUUCGACGACAACCAUUACCCCGCCGCCCGCGCCUCCGUUGCCCAAGAAAAAGAAGAAGGGCUUCUUCCGCCGGCUGCGCAACUUUUUCCUGACGCUGACGUUGCUGGGCGCGCUGGGUUUCGGUGGUGGUGUGUGGUACUCGCGCAUCAAUGACAACUUCCACGACUUUUUCACCGAGUACGUCCCGUACGGCGAGCAGGCCGUGCUGUAUCUCGAAGAGAACGAGUUCAAGAAGCGGUUCCCCAAUGUCGCGAGCAAGGUUUCGGGCGUCCGCCGCGGGCCUGAUAGUACCGAGCAGGUUAAGAUCCCGGCUCAAAGCGGUGCUUCGUGGCGGGUGGCUGAUGGCAGGGAGCCUGCGGGUCGCCAAUCGAGUGCUCUUGCGAAGGGCGGCAGCGGCAGUGGAAGCAGCAAGAAGGCCGAGCCGGUUGUGGUAGCCAAGGCUAAGGAGGAGACGGCCAAGCUGCCGUUAGCAGAGGCCACGACGGCGGACCCUCACCAGCUGGUGCCGGCGCCCAAGGCGAACAAGAAGGAGGUUGAGAAGAAGCCGGAGGUUCCGUCCCGGUCUAGGUCCAAUUCCAAGUCGAAGCCCGAGCCGGCCCCUGAGCCGGUGGUCUCUGCGGUUGUCCCUGCGGCUGGUGCUGGUGCUGUGGCUGCCGCUGGGGGAGCGAAGCCGUACAAAGCCCCCGAGGUGGACGAGCCAUCAAGGUGGCCGCCGGCUUCGCCCAUUGACCCGUUGGCUGUGCCCCACGCAUCCGACACGGUGGUGCAGGACUUAGUGCGUAUGCUCAACGACAUCAUCACGGUGAUCAACCACGACGGAGCCAAUGAUCGGUACGGCGCUACGAUCGGCAAGGCCAAGAACGAAGUCAACAAGGUCGGCGACAAGAUCCGCGCACUCAAGGCGGCGGCCGUGGAGGACGCCGCCAAGCAGGUGGCCCAGCGCGUCGACACCUUCGACAAGGCGGCCAACGAGCUGGUGUCGCGCCUGGAGGCGACGCUUGUCGCGCAGGAGCAGCAGUUCCAGGCCGAAUUCCAAGCCGAGAUGGAGCGGCUGCGCAAGGCGUACGACAACAAGGUCGACCUCAUCCAGCAGCGCGAGCGCGAUCUAGCUGAGGAGAAGCUGCGCAACCAGCUGAUCGAGCAGUCCGUGCAACUGCAGCGCCAGUUCGCCCGCGACAUCAAGCAGCACGUCGAGGCGGAGCGCGGCGGGCGUCUGGGCAAGCUAGGCGAACUCACGGCCGCGGUUGCCAACCUCGAGUCCCUGACCGCUGGCUGGAACGAAGUGGUCGACGCCAACCUGCGCACGCAGCAACUCCACGUGGCCGUCGAAGCCGUCCGCGCCAGCCUCGAAGACGCCCACCACCCACGGCCCUUCAUCAAGGAGCUCGUUGCGCUGAAGGAGAUCGCCGCGCAGGACCCCGUGGUCGACGCGGCCAUCGCCUCGAUCCACCCGUCGGCCUACCAGCGCGGCAUCCCGACCUCGGCCGAGCUCAUCGACCGUUUCCGCCGCGUCGCCGGCGAGGUGCGCAAGGCGUCGCUGCUGCCCGACGACGCGGGCGUGGCUAGUCACGCGUCGUCGUAUGUGCUCAGCAAGGUGCUGUUCAAGAAACAGGGCUUGGCGGACGGGGACGAUGUUGAGAGUAUUCUCACGCGCACGCAGACGUUUUUGGAGGAGGGGGACCUGGACAAUGCGGCGAGGGAGAUGAAUGGGCUUAAGGGGUGGUCGAAGACGUUGAGUCGGGAUUGGUUGGGGGAGGUGAGGAAGGUGUUGGAGGUGCGGCAGGCUUUGGAGGUGAUCCAAACUGAGGCGAGACUACAGAGCUUGAGGCUGGAGUAG